AGUCGAUAAGAUAAGUCAUAAACCGGGCGGUAUAUCUUGGUUCACCGUCGCGACCUAGACGGAUUAGUGCCCAGUUUGAUUUAGCCAACUCGAUGGACAACAUGCUGAAGGGAGCAAUUUUGUGUCUGUGUUUAGGCGCCGUACUGGCCUCUACUACGGUUGACAGAGGAUCCCGCGUGGCCGGAGGAACCGAUGCGCUUGCCGCCGAGUACCCGUACAUCGUGUCCGUCCAGCGGUUCUUGCUGUUGCGAGCAAACCAUGUCUGCGGUGGAACCAUCAUCAACGACUUCCACGUGCUGUCCGCUGCCGAGUGUUUCGCCAACAAUUUGAACAGCCGGUAUCGCGUCCAGGCCGGAAAGCUGUCCCUGAACCAGUUCGAGAUCACCGAGCAGACGAUCAACGUGCUCAAUUUUGUGAUUCAUCCCUCUUACGAUCAGUCGUUGAGUCCGUUCAACAUUGCCGUGAUUCGUCUGACGUCUCCGUUCGGUUUCACAGCGUUCAUCCAGCCCAUCAACCUGCCGGCGCCGGACACCAUCCACAGUGGCAUCGUACGAUUUGCCGGUUGGGGAUCGACCUCGGUCGGUCUGCUGCCAAGCACUCCGGUGCUUCUCCAGCAAGCCCGAGUUGCCGUCUUCCCCAACCCUGCUUGUCAGGCUCUGAUGGCUGAUCCGGAAGAUCCGCAAAUGACCCCAAUCACCCCGCUGCACGUGUGUCUGGGACCGGUAACCGGUGGAAUUGGACCUUGCUCCGGCGAUGCUGGCGGUCCGGUUGCGCAAGUUAUCGACGGUCGACACGAGCUGGUCGGUAUCCUUGGUUGGAGUCCUCCCAUCUGCGCAAUUCCGGGACUUCCCUCGGUGACCGUGCGAGCGUCGGCCCACAUCGCGUGGAUCAACGCGGUCAUCAACCCAAAUCCGGAAGAGUUGAAAAGCACGAACUAAUGUAUUACUUUCAGAAACAUCGAAAUAAAUAAAAUGUGUAAAAAAUUGAAA